CUCUCUUAGCCUAGUCCUGCACAGUCCGCUCCGGACAGUGCAAGGCGUGGUGACCAUGGAGGCAGCGGGGAGCGGUGCAGCCUACUUCAAGAGAGGCAGCCUCCCCUGGUUCGCAGUGAUCACGGUGUCCCUCGGUUACCUCACGUGGGUAGCCUACUGGCCUCAGAGCGUCCCCUACCAGAAACUUGGACCUCUGGGGCUCUUUACUGAGUACUUGGUGGAUAACUAUUUCGUACUCAUACGUAAUGGGUGUUCCCUUGCCUGGUUGAUUCAUUUGGGAGAAGCCAUAUAUGCUAUGAUACUGUGCAAUAAAAAAGGUAUCACAGAUGGCUGGGCUCGACUGCUGUGGUGUGUGCAAACAUUCCUCUUCGGGGUCGCUUCUCUCUCCAUCCUACUUGCAUAUAAACCUGACCAUCACAAAAAAAAGUAAAGAAGAAAUUAAAUAAGUUUUUUUGUAUAUUGUAUAUUCAUUCCUACUUUGUCUAAAUCUUUUUUAAAAAAUUUAGCGGUUUUUUUGAUCAUUUCAGAAAAUGUCUAUACUGCAAAUAGGUUUGGUUUCUUUCUCUGACUUUAAAACUCUUGCAUCAUCAUGUCCAAUAACUGAUGAUUUUCAUCAUUUCUGAGCAUAGGCUGCCUGACUAGGUUUAUUGAAUUCUGUGUAGCUCAACAAACAUCUGUUAAAUGCCUGUAGUGUGCAAGGCACAAUAUGAAUUAGACAUGUUUAGAGUGCUGGCCCUGGAGUCAGGAGGACCUGAGUUCAAAUGCAGCCUCCGACACUUGACAUUUAUUAGCUGUGUGACCCUGGGCAAGUCACUUAACCCUCUUUGCUUCAGUUUCCUCAUCUGUAAAAUGAGCUGGAGAAGGAAAUGGCAAACUGCCAUAGUAUCUUUACCAAGAAAACCCUAAAUGGGGUCACAAAGAGUGGAACACAACUAACUGACUAAACAACUCACUGCAGGGUUUUUAUAGUCUAGCAGAAGAGAUGAGACAUACAAAGUCAGUUAACAGUUCUGGGACUGCAAAAUGAAGGGGUUAUAUGUAACAAUGUUUUUUUUUUUUAAUUCUCAACUUUGCAAGCACAAAAUGAGCGUUUCCAUGUAUAUCGGGGAACAAAAGGAGAGUGUCAUAUAAGAAAUUGUAAAUUGAUUAUGUAAAACUUGUUUUUCUUUUUAAACAUGUAAUAAAUUCAAAAUAUAAAUUUCAAAACCA